ACCGCCCGAUCAAAGUGGAAAUUUGAGUCAAGAGUGCAAUGUGUCAGACUUUCGCUGGAGCGAUGACAAUCUGCGUCGCUGAAAUCCAACCGGAGAGGGACAGAAAGAGUGUUUGACGAUGUCAAGCUUGCCUUUAGCGUUGGCUGUGUUUUUAACCUGAUCGACCAAUGCUGUUAGUGCGUUUAUUUGGCAGCGCACUUUAAUUUAGCUUAGCUUAAACUUUGACUCAUCAAGAGGCUGUGGUUUCAUCUCAUUUGGAAGCCCCCAGAGACGAAAGAAUGGCGACUCAAAACGACUGCUGCGUUAAGGUCUCUUUAAGGAUCCGGCCUCAGAUGGCGAAGGAGAAGAUCGAGGGCUGCCACAUCUGCACGCUGGUGACCCCCGGUGAGCCCCAGGUGCUUCUGGGUAAAGACAAGGCCUUCACGUACGACUUUGUGUUCGACAUCGACUCCCAGCAGGAGUCCAUCUACAGCGCCUGCGUCCACAAGCUCAUCGAGGGAUGCUUCGAGGGCUACAACGCCACCGUCUUCGCCUACGGACAGACGGGCUCAGGGAAGACGUACACGAUGGGCACGGGCUUUGACGUGAACGUGUGUGCGGAGGAGGAGGGCAUCAUCCCGCGCGCCGUGCACCAGCUGUUCCGGGGCAUCCAGCGUCGCCGUGACGACGCCCAGGCCGCCGGGGCUCAGGCUCCAGAGUUCAAAGUCAGCGCCCAGUUCCUGGAGCUGUAUAACGAGGAGAUCCUGGACCUGUUUGACAGCACGCGUGAUCUGGAGUCCCGUGGCAGGAAGUCCAACAUCAAGAUCCACGAGGACAGCAGCGGCAGCAUCUACACCACCGGGGUCACGUCACGCCUCGUAGCAUCCGAAGAGGAGCUGCUGCAGUGUCUGAAGCUGGGCGCUCUGUCGCGCACCACAGCCAGCACGCAGAUGAACGCCCAGAGCUCGCGCUCCCACGCCAUCUUCACCAUCCACCUGUGCCAGAUGAGGGUCUGCCCACACCUGAUGAACGGCUCUGCAGACGCCCAGAUGAACGGGGUCUCGGACGGUCCCAUCUCCCAGCCGGAGUACGAGACGCUCACCGCCAAGUUCCACUUCGUGGACCUGGCCGGUUCCGAACGCCUGAAGCGGACCGGAGCCACAGGGGAGCGGGCACGAGAGGGCAUCUCCAUCAACUGCGGCCUGCUGGCCCUGGGUAAUGUGAUCAGUGCUUUGGGAGACCAGACUAAGAAAGGUGGACACGUGCCUUACAGAGACUCCAAACUGACACGUCUGCUGCAGGACUCACUGGGGGGCAACAGCCGCACGGUGAUGAUCGCGUGUGUGAGCCCGUCGGACCGAGACUUCAUGGAGACGCUGAACACGCUGAAGUACGCCAACCGGGCGCGCAACAUCAAGAACAAGGUGGUGGUGAACCAGGACAAGACCAGCCAACAGAUCAGCGCCCUGCGCGCAGAGAUCGCACGCCUGCAGAUGGAGAUCAUGGAGUACAAAGCGGGGAAGCGCGUGGCGGGCGAGGACGGUUCCGAGGGCUUCAGCGACCUGUUCCAGGAGAACUCGAUGCUGCAGCGCGAGAACGACACACUCCGCAUGCGCAUCAAGGCCAUGCAGGAGACCAUCGACCACCUCAACACACGCAUCACACAGCUGCUCAGCAACGAGGUCAACCUGCUGCUCACCAAGACAGGUGAGGGCAACGAGGAGAUCGGAGCUCUGAUCCAGAACUACAUCAGAGAGAUCGAGGAGCUCAGGUCCAAGCUGUUGGAGAGCGAGGCGAUGAAUGAGUCUCUGCGCCGUAACGUGUCUCGCCUGUCGGCGCGCUCGCCGUACUCCUCCUCCCAGGCCCCGCCCCCCGGACACCCCAUGGGCUCCUCCCCCUCCGUCUCCAUGGAAGCGGAGAUGACGGACGUGCUCCGCCGCGCCAAGCUGGACAUCGAGCGCCUGAAGAAGAAGGAGCGCAACCAGAGCCGAAAAAGCCCAGACAAAGACAAGGGGCUGAAGAAAAGAGCCAAGCUUCUGGACCAGGAGAAUGGAGGGAACCGAGAGAACGGAACCAACCGAGAAAACGGACUGUUCUUGGGAGGAGACUCGGAUGAGAACAACAUAGAGGAGGAUGGCAUGUACCCUCUGCAGGAGGAGGACCAGGAGGAGAGCGGCUGCGACGAGGACGAGGAAGAUGACGAAGACGAGGCCAGGGAGGAAGAGGAGGAGUUUGACAGCGACGAGAGCCUGGUGGACUCGGAGUCCGACUCCGACGAGAAAGUGAGUUUCCAGGCGGACCUUGCUGACCUGACGUGUGAGAUCGAGAUCAAGCAGAAGCUGAUCGACGAGCUGGAGAACAGCCAGCGGCGCCUGCUCAUGCUCAAGCUGCAGUACGAGGAGAAGCUCAUCCAGCUGCAGAACAAGAUCCGCGACACGCAGCUGGAACGCGACCGCGUCCUGCAGAACCUCAUGUCCAUGGAGAACUACACGGAGGAGAAGGCGAGCCGUAUCCGCGCGGACUACGAGAAGCGUCUGAAGGAGAUGAACCGCGACCUGCUCAAGCUGCAGACGGCCCAGAAGGAGCACGCGCGCCUCCUCAAGAACCAGAGCCGCUACGAGAGGGAGCUCAAGAAGCUGCAGGCCGAGGUGGCCGACAUGAAGAAGGCCAAGGUGGCGCUGAUGAAGCAGAUGAAGGAGGAGCAGGCGAGGAGGCGCAUGGUGGAGGCCAAGAGGAACCGGGAGAUCGCUCAGCUCAAGAAGGAGCAGCGCAGGCAGGAGUAUCAGAUCCGUGCUCUAGAAUCGCAGAAGCGGCAGCAGGAGAUGGUCCUGCGCCGGAAGACCCAGGAGGUGACCGCCCUGCGGAGGCUGGCCAAGCCGAUGUCCGAGCGUGUGGCCGGCAGGUUGCCACGGCGACCACACAGCGCCGACUCCGGGGCCGAGCUCUCGGCCAGCACUGCCACCUCGUCUGAACCCGAGUCCUCGCGCUCCGUGUCCAGCAUCGUGCGCCAGUGGAACAGCAAGGUCAACGGAUACCUGGGCGAGCCCGUCAGUGGGGGGCGCACAGCCAGCAGCCGUAAGAAGUUCCAGCGGAAGGGAGUGAACACCCCGUUCUCCAAGUCGGCGCGGCAGAAGUGGCAGACGCUGGAGAGGAGGGUGACCGACAUCGUCAUGCAGAGGAUGACCAUCAGCAACGUAGAGGCCGACAUGGACCGUCUCAUCAAGAAACGCGAGGAGCUGUCUGUGCAGCAGGAGGUGCUGUUGCGCAAGCGCGAGCUGCUGUUGAGUGACAGGUCUCCGGGGCAGGAGGCGGAGCAGGAGCGUGCCGUGCAGGAGAUGAACGAGGAGAUCGAGGUGUUCAACGCCAACAUCGACUACAUCAACGACAGCCUCUCUGACUGCCAGGCCACCAUCGUGCAGAUCGAGGAGAGCAAGGAUGAGCUGGACUCAGUGGACACGUCGGUGGUCAUCAGCUCGUGCUCGCUGGCUGAGGCACGGCAUCUCCUGGACCACUUCCUCAAGGCCUCCAUAGACAAGGGGCUGCAGGUGGCUCAGAAGGAGGCUCAGAUCCGACUGCUGGAAGGUCAGCUGAGACAGACGGACGUGAUUGGCUCGUCACACAAUCACAUGAUCCUGGAGGCCCUGAGGGAGAAGGGCGAGUGCAUCCCUGAACUGCACGUGCUCAUACACAAUGCACAGCUGGAGAAUGGCUACGCAAGUACUGACGAAGAGGCCUCUGAGUUCAGCCAGGCAUCAGAGGGCAGCCUCUCUCUGAUGAAGAGCUCAGCCAGUCAGGAUGACUUCAAACUAAAGGUGGAGUCCAGUCUGUGUGCGCAGAUAAAGGCGGUAUCUGCGGAGUACCUGGGCCCCCUGCUGGACCCCACCACUAAGAACAUCACCAAGUCGCUGGCCUCCCUCACGGACAUCCAGGAGAACGGGCUGGCCUUCUCCACGCGCGAGAUCCUGUCCAGGGAGCGCGUGUCCCGCACCAUCAGCCUCCCCGUCCGCGGACACACCUUUCCUCGACAGUCCAGGGGUGCAGACACAUCUCCAUUGACCCGGAGGAAGUCUUAUGAUCGAGGAUCACCCUACAGGCCUGAGGUGGGCUACACCCCGCCCUCCUCCCCCCCGCUCCGCACUCGCAACGACCGGAACGUCUUCUCCAGACUCACCAGCAACCAGAGCCAGGGCUCCGCACUGGACAAGGGUGUGAUCAGUCCCACGGGGGGGCUGAAGGGGGGGCGGACGGCGCCCCUGCAGUGUGUGGCGGUGGCCGAGGGGCACUCCAAACCCGUGCUCUGCCUGGACGCCACCGACGAGCUGCUCUUCACCGGCUCCAAGGACCGCACGUGCAAGAUGUGGAACCUGGUGACGGGUCAGGAGAUGGUGACGCUGCGCGGUCACCCCAAUAACGUGGUGUCGGUCAAGUACUGCCCCAGCUCUGGCCUGGUCUUCAGCGUAGCCACCUCCUACAUCAAGGUCUGGGACAUCAGGGACUCCGCCAAGUGUGUGCGCACACUCACGUCGUCUGGUCAGGUGGUGUCCGGCGACGCGUGUGCGGGCACUACGACGCGCACCAUCACCACGGCGACGGGAGAGCACCAGAUCAACCAGAUCAACCUCAACCCCGCCGGCACCGUGCUCUACGCAGCCACAGGCAACACCGUACGCACCUGGGACCUCAACAGGUUCCAGGCCACCGGGAAGCUGACGGGCCACAUCGGCUCUGUGAUGUGUCUGACUGUGGGCCACUCCGCUGGGGGGAAGGACCAGGUCAUCACCGGCUCUAAGGACCAUUACGUCAAGGUGUUUGACGUUGCCGAGGGAACGCAGGGUAACAUAGGCCCCGCCCACAACUUUGAGCCGCCGCACUACGACGGCAUCGAGUGCCUGGCCAUCUACGGCGACGUGCUCUUCAGUGGUUCCCGUGACAACGGCAUCAAGAAGUGGGACCUGGAACAGCAGGAACUGAUCCAGCAAAUCCCCAACGCCCACAAGGACUGGGUGUGUGCCCUGGCGUACGUGCCCGGGAGGCCCAUGCUGCUGAGCGGCUGCCGUGGUGGCAUGCUGAAGGUGUGGAACGUCGACAACUUCACCCCCAUCGGAGAGGUCAAAGGUCACGACAGCCCCAUCAACGCCAUCUGCACCAACUCCAAACAGAUCUUCACCGCCUCCAGUGACAUGACGGUGAAGAUCUGGUCAGCGAAGACUAAGAGGUGACAGACCGCAUGCUUUGAUGAUCUCCGUGACGACUGCUAAUUUGAUGGCUCCUGCCGAAGGGUGCUGACAUCAUGUCCUCGUCCCUUUUCCUGCCUCGCUGGCCAUCAGACGGGGGGGGGGGAUCAGGGGGGGUCAGGGCGGCAGGACCAGUGGUCUCACAGCGCUGGAGGAUGAGGCCAAUGGACCGACGGACGUGUUCAAACAGAACGGGGAAGACACAGCUCUGAAGAUUCUCCAUUAGAGAUGACGCGCACACACACACACACACACACACACACACACACACACACACACACACACACACACACACACACGGUCUCUCUCUUUCACUCUCAUUCAUAUGUGCCGAAAAAAAAAAAAAACUCGCUCGUUACUGCCAUCCUCAUACACAGAGUAGUACUUCUAACAUUCGGGACAAAUCUGGACACACACACACACACACACACGCAUACGUAAGAAGUGCUCUCUUUUUGUUGAUUUAAGUGCCACAUACACACACAAACACACACAAAGGUGCACUCUCUUUUUCAAGGAUUUAAGUGCCAUUCUGGUAUGUGUGUGUGUUUAAUCUCAACUUCAGACCCUUUUUCCGCUCUACACACAUAAAGUGGAAAUCAAUCAAGUGGACACACACACACACACACAGACAGGAAGCACUCUUGUGCUCCUCCGUGAGCUUGAACGAGACGACAUCAGUUGACGCCUCUGCUGAGUGGCUUCAGUGUGUGUUCAUGAGGAGGACUCAGCCAGCAGCCAGCAGAGGAGGACAACCUUGGCCUGCUGUAGGUGGCCCAGGGACAGCCCACUCCCGGCCCACUCCCGGCCCACUCCUGGCCCACUCCCCCUCUGGCCUCCAUAGAGGCACAUGGAUCUCCACUGAGUGCUCAACCACAAAAGCACUUUGUAUUGGGUUUGUUUCUGUUUUUGUUUUUGUUUUUGUUUGUUUUUUGUUUUUGUUUGGGUUUUUUUUGUUUGAAGGUGGAUCUGUCUGUCCACCAUUGUCCUUCUCACUGGGGUCUGCACUGUGAGCCUUGGUGAGCCACCUUUAACGCUUGACCUGACCUGAGCCUUUGGGCGCGCGUGCGUGAGGUGGCCGUGUCCAGCGGACCUACGGAUGGACAGACGGACGUCCCGGUGUUCGAUGUAGCGAUGUCUCCCCUCCUGGUCAUCCACAUUCCCCCUUUUCUGUUCUCUACCUCAGCUGGCUCAGAGUAGCCGUUAGAUUAUUUAUUUGGUUUGGAGAGAGAGGUUUGGAAGAGGUGUGUGAGUGUGUGUGUGUGUGUGUGUGUGUGUGUGUUUUGUUUGUGCUAAAUGGUAGUUGUGUUCCACAUCUCCAUUUUCAGUGUUUUUUCCUCUCAGUCUGUUCAAGUCCUGUGUUAAGGAGCUAUUCUCUGCUGCCCUGUAUCUGUCUAAAAUAGGGUGGGAAGAGACUCAUACUUCCAUAUGAUAUUCAAUUAUGUGUGUGUGUGCGUGCCUGUAUGUGUGUGUGUUUGUGUGUGUGUGUGUGUGUGUGUGUGUGUUAAACGGAGGUGGUGUUGCCUGCCGUUUAAGCAGCGGUUGGACUUUUCCCUGGGCGGCAGCCCCAGCAGUGAGGUCAGAGUAGCAGAUCAUUAUUAGCCCACCACUGCAGGGGAUUACUCAACGCUGUGUGUGUGUGUGUGCCUGUGUGUGUGUGUGCCUGUGUGUGUGUGUGUGUUGCCUGGCUGGUUGGUUGUUCCCACCAGUAGGAGAACAGCAGAAAUGAGCAGGUUGACCCAGGUGCUUCUCCUCUAGUGGAAAAUCCAAACACACAGCUGGUUACACACACACACACACACACACACACACACACACAGGGUCUGUGUUUUCACUGGAAAUGUGUGUAUGUAUGCUUUCCUGCCUCUGAGUCUGUUUGGAGUGUGCGUGCGUGCGCGUGCGCGUGCGCGUGCGCGUGCGCGUGCGUGCGUGUGUGUGCGUGCGUGUGUGUGUGUGUGUGUGUGUGUGUGUGUGUGUGUAUCUAUGUCUGUGUGUGUAUUUCUAUGUCUGUGUGUGUGUGUGUGUGUGUGUGUGUGUGUGCAUCUACCACACCCGCUGUUGCUGCUUGUUUUUGUAAAAGACUUUGAUGCUAAGCAGAGGCAUAGUGUGCUCACAACUAGGUCAGAGCUGAGUGUGUGCCCCUGUGCCUGUGUGUGUGUGUGUGUGUGUGUGUGUGUGUGUGUUUGUGUGUUCCCCCCCCCCACGCUGCUGAGUCUUCUUGGCUUAUUAAAUGAAAGGCAGCUCAGCGUAGCGCGGCGCGGCGUAGCGUAGCGUAGCGUUCUCUGCUACAGGAAGUGUCUUGCCUGACAGGCCUGCGUGGGCGGGCAGCAGCACAACCAGGAGGAUUGUGGGUAUUUUUAGGACAUCCAUCUCUCCGCGCGCCACCGCAGACAUUCCACCAUGCCACACACACACACACACACACACUCUAGUGUGUGUUUAAUGAAACAUAUUUAUCACUCUAAUCGGCCAAUCCUGUCACAGCGCCCCUGGCCACUCUGUAUCCUCUCCGCCCCCUCAGCAGCAGCGCCAC